AUGGAGCGAUUAAUGGAAAGUUUGCCAGGAAGAAAUGAUGAACAUCAGAUACGCAAUGACAAACUAAGCGCAUAUAUGGUGCGGAAGAGAAAUAAUGCGGAACUAGUGAAUCAUAUACUGAAAACCUUAAGUGAAGUGGACGUUCUUGGCGAGAAUAAAGAUUUAUCAAAAAAAAGUGUUACUGUAAAAGUGGAAUCUAGCAUGAUAUUACGAAGUAUUGUGACAUUCUGA